AUGGAGAUCAUUACGAGCAGCAGGAUGCUGAAGCCGGUCUACUCCACGCCGCACCCGCUCCUCGGCGAAAAGGUCCAGCUGACCGUCUUCGACCGCGCCGCCUUGGACAUCUUCGUCCCUGUCGUGGUGGCCUACCCCGCGCCGACGCCUUCCAACGAGGCCAUCAAGGAGGGCCUCCUCAGGGCCGUCGCGCCGUACCCGCACUUGGCGGGACGCCUCGCCGCCGAUCACCGCGGCAGGCGCUUCCUCCACGUCAACAACGAGGGUGUGCUUGUUGUAGAGGCCACUGUCUCGUCCAACCUGGCGGAUUUACUCGCCUACGGCGGGAUGGCCGCCGACGUCCACGGCCAGUACCAUACACUACCAGAGGGGAACGUUGGGGAGGCGCUGCUACAGAUCAAGCUGAACCGGUGCAAGUGCGGCGGCCUCGUGGUCGGUGUAUCAUACCACCACCAAACCGCCGACGGUGUGGCCAUGAACAACUUCUUCAUCACGUGGGAGACCGCGGUACGCCAAGGCAAGGACUUUGUCGCGCCGACCCCUUUCCUUGACCGCGCCACCACCGCCGUGUCUCGACGCAUGCCGGCGCCGGUGUUCGACCACCAGUCCAUUGAGUUCAAGAGUGGAGAAAGCAGGGGCUGCACCAGGGAAUGCGGCGACGUCGUCUCCAUGGUCAAGAUCAAGGAUGUCAGGGUACAUUUGACGACCGAGUUCCUCACCGAGCUCAGAGCGCGCGUUGGCGGCCGUUGCAGCAUGUUCCAGUGCCUGCUCGCGCACGUGUGGAAGAAGAUCACGGCAGCGCGGGCCCUGAAACCGGAGGAGUUCACGCAGGUGAAGGUGGCCGUGAACUGCCGGGGCAGGGCCAAGCCUCCCGUGCCCAUGGACUUCUUCGGGAACAUGGUGCUCUGGGCGUUCCCGAGGCUUCAGGUCCGCGACGUCCUGAACUGGAGCUACCGCGCCGUUGUGGGCGCAAUCCGCGAUGCCGUGGCACGUAUCGACGACGAAUACAUCCAGUCGUUCGUGGACUUCGGCUCAUUGGCGGACGCGAACGGCAAGGAGCUCAUGGCGACGGCGGCUGCUGGCACUACGUUAUGUCCGGACGCAGAAGUGGACACCUGGCUGGGGUUCAGGUACCACCAGCUAGAUUUUGGCACCGGGCCGCCAUGCGCGUUCCAGCCGCCGGACUUGCCGAUUGAGGGGCUCAUGGUCUUCGUGCCAUCGUGUACGGCGGGGGGCGGCGUCGACCUCUUCAUGGCUGUCGCAGAGGAUCAUGUCGAGGCAUUUGAGAAGAUUUGCUACUCCUUGGACGACGAUUUUCCCACGUCAUCAAGGAUGUAA